AUGAGCUGUCGUUCUGGGCUUUUCUCAGGCGCUGUGGCCGGGCUGUUCUUAUACUAUCUGGAACAGUGUAAGGCUCUCAAGAGUUCGAGAGCCGACAUAAAUCGACGCGAAGUCAACGGAAGCAAGCGAUUCACCGGGACACUACUGCCCGAUCUGUUGACAGUAGUGCUAAGACUGCUUCUCAGUUGUCUUCGGCUGCAAAUGGCGUCUUCGCCGCUAACGAUAUCGCAAGCUGUUACUUUCGCCGCCAGUGCAUGUCCACAACGUGCAUUUGCUGUCGUCUUGCCUCAAACGACCCUUAAAGAAUUGUUACAGGCCUUUGGUAUGUCUGAAAAAGCUCGAUUGGGCUCAGGAAGUUCUGCUUCCUUCAGGAGAUGA